AUGCCGGGCCAUCCAACCCCUGCCGCCACGCGCCUCGGCGGCGUCACAUCUCGCCGCCACGCGGAGCUGCUCCUCCACAGCGGCGUCGACGGCGUCUCCGUCAAGGACCUCCGCCUCCGCCGCGUCGUCCCGCCCGCCGCCGGCUCCCUCGAUACCUCCCCCGAGUGCGUCGCACCCGUGAAGCCCGGAUCUGUCGAGAGCACGCCUCCGGAGGCCGUGUCGGCUGCUGCUGCUGCUGCUGAGGCGGCGGCGGCCGGGGACCUUGAUCGGAAGUUGGUUCGUCCGCGGUCCAAGCUCGUCCGCGACCCGCGCUCGUUUGGGUACCGGCGCCUGCUGCCUUUCCUGAACGAGAUGACGAAGAACGAUAGCUCAAUUGGCAAGGAGGUGCUCCCGCAAGACACGGCUGCGCACUCAAAGGAUGGGCUCGGCGCAUCUGAUUCUCGGUUGGCUGAUGAAUCUGUAGGCGUUAGCCACCGCGAACCUGAAGCCAUGGAUUCUGUGGAGCCGGUGGUGGUGAACACCGGAGGAGACACCGAUGUGAUGGAUGCCUGCAACAAUGUCAGGGAAGAGAUCAAGACUGUCCCUCAUGAUCUAACCAACAUGCCGUUGCUUGCCCGAUGCACAAGGUCGAGGUUUGUUCAUCAUCCAAGCUCGUUCAGCUACAAGCGGAUGCUGCCAUUUCUCAUGGAGAAUGAAAUCUCUGCUCAGGAAAGUGACAGGGUCAAAAUUCGAAAAAUUGCAGAGGAAAGGCGGCUAGCAUCAAAUGAGAAUGAUGCCUCAGCCAGUGGGCAGCAGUGUCUUGUUGUCUCUGAUGAAUCUUCUCAGGAAUGCAAUAGAGCUCAAGCUGAAAUAAUGGAAGAAAAAAAGCCACCAAAAGCAGAUGUCAGUCAUGUUCUUGAUGACAGACAGCUUCAGCCUCCUGUUAUAGAAACGUCUCCUCCUGAUUGCAGUGCAGUUGAAGUGCAAAAUGUGAUGCAGCAAGAAGGUUUAGCUUCAAGUCAAGGCCCCCUAACUUGUUUUGAGGGUGAAUUAACAUCAGAUGGGGACAAUAGCCAGGCCAUUGGACAGCUUGUUGUAUCAGAAGAGUCUCCAGAGGAAUGCAGAAGAGAUGAAGUCAAAAGAAGCAUACACGAUGAAGCAGUAAAAUCAGAUGGGGGCUAUGCUCUGGAUAGUAGAGAAUUUCAGCUUGCUGCAUCAGAAAUCUCUUCAGAAAACAGCAUGGCUGAAGUGCAAGGGGCUGCACAAGAAGAACCGUUACCUUUAGAUGGAGUUGAGGAAAAUUCAGACAAGGGUGACUAUGUUUCCAAAGAGCAGGCUCAGCUCUGUGUCACAAAUGAAUCCUUUGCUGCACAUCUGCAAGAUAAUGCUGAAUUCGCUGAAGUACCGCAGUGCCAAAACUUGGACUCAGGAUGUCAUGAUGUUGGAUUUGGUAGCCCUACCAAGAGAGUGAUACCAUUGUUGCAUCGGCAUUGUGCACAACAACCUCAGGAUUCUGUGGUUUCUCUUGAUGAUCAGCUUCUUGACAAUGACAUACAAAUGGUCUGCAGACCUUCUGAUCCCUGUGCUGUUGGCAGAUCCUUAUCAAUGGAGGAAAUGUCUGGAUGUAUUCCGUUCACUCAAUCACCAUCAAGCAAAGCAGGCAUAUCACGGCCAAGUGGUGCCCAUUCAAUGGGAAAAAGAGCUCUGUCUCCUAAGAAGCUUUCUCCAAAGAAAGGAAUACUCAAGAGGAGUACAAGGGGGUGUAAGGGUAUCUGCAUGUGCUUGGACUGCUGUACAUUUCGUCUACAUGCUGACCGAGCUUUUGAGUUCUCUAGGAAGCAGAUGAAAGAAGCAGAUGACAUAAUAAGUAACUUACUGAAGGAGGUGGUCAGUCUUAGGAGUCUUCUGGAGAAGCCUGCUGGCCAAAAAUGCAAGGAUGCAUUCCAUGCUAGAAUUUUUAGCCAGAACUGA